GGGCUUCAGUUGGGCGCCCACAACAUCUCAUCAUCUUAAAAAAAUUUCAACACAUUGCUUUUGAACCGUUUAAAUCAAUAAACAACAUCUCUUUCUUUCAUACUUUCUCUCUCAUCUUCUCCCCAAUCUCCGAUUCGCCGGUAACCACCGUGCACCACCGUCGCAACGGCGGCGAUUCACCGAACAAUGUCAACUUCGUUAAUCUCAACGCCAUUUUCUCUCCCAACAAAAACCCACCUCCAAUCUCAACAAUCUCAAGCAUUUAAUACUCUAAAAUCUCCAAUUUUUCUCUCUAAUUUCACUCCUAAACCACUUUCUCUCUCCUCCAGAAAACUCCCGCCUCUUUCCGCCAUGGCAAUCGAGAAAGAAACCCCAGAAAACGAAGCCCCACCCACAUUUCUCCGGGACCCAUCCACGUCAUCGGACAGUGUACGAGGAAGGUUCGAGAAGAUGAUAAGGGAUGCACAAGACAAGGUUUGCGAGGCGAUUGAGGCUGCAGAUGGUGGCGGGAAGUUUAAGGAAGAUGUUUGGUCGAGACCAGGUGGUGGUGGUGGGAUAAGCAGGGUUUUACAAGACGGCGUCGUUUGGGAGAAAGCUGGUGUUAAUGUUUCGGUUGUUUAUGGUGUUAUGCCGCCUGAUGCUUAUCGUGCUGCUAAAGCUGAUGGUGGGUCUCAUAAACCUGGUCCUAUCCCUUUCUUUGCUGCUGGAAUUAGCUCGGUUAUGCAUCCGAAGAAUCCGUUUGCUCCAACUUUGCAUUUCAAUUAUAGGUACUUUGAGACUGAUGCUCCCAAAGAUGUUCCUGGAGCACCUCGACAAUGGUGGUUUGGUGGUGGUACUGACUUUACUCCUGCCUACAUUUUUGAGGAAGAUGUUAAGCACUUCCAUCAGGUCCAAAAAGAUGCUUGUGAUAAAUUUGAUCCUAGCUUCUAUCCACGUUUCAAGAAAUGGUGUGAUGAUUACUUUUACAUCAAGCACCGAGGUGAACGGAGAGGGCUUGGUGGAAUCUUUUUUGACGAUCUAAAUGACUAUGAUCAAGAGAUGCUUCUUUCUUUUGCCACUGAAUGUGCAAACUCUGUGAUACCUGCAUAUCUACCCAUCAUAGAGAAAAGGAAAGAUACACCUUUCACUGAUAAAAACAAGGAAUGGCAGCAGUUACGACGGGGACGUUAUGUAGAGUUCAAUUUGGUCUAUGAUAGAGGAACAACAUUCGGUCUGAAAACUGGUGGUCGUAUAGAGAGCAUUCUGGUCUCACUUCCUCUGACUGCUCGAUGGGAAUAUGACCAUAAGCCAGAAGAAGGCAGUGAAGAGUGGAAAUUGUUGGAUGCUUGCAUCAAUCCUAAAGAGUGGUUGUGAUCGUGAGUUCGUGACAAUGCCUUUGUAGAAUCGGCCUGACAACUUUUUUCUAUCCCUGCCUUUGAGUGAGACUGCUUGAAGUUGUAGCGACAAUAGCUUGUAUUUAGCCCUUUUUGAAGGUUCAUGUGUUCAAUUGUAGAUUAAUUCUGAGAAUCAUCCGCUCAAUUGUUGAUGUAGUAACCUACUAUGAAUGUAAUCAGGUUAAAGUUGUAAAAGAACUUUGUUCUCUCUUAUUACUUUAAUAAGUGUGCCUACUAUGAAGUAUGAAGCACUAGUAUUGUCAAAUUACUCAAUAGGGUUUGGUCAAGCUUAAUCAAGGUUUCAACCCAAGUCAUCCUCUUAAAUGGGCAUCGAUGAUGGCCCAACUUUAGAUAAACUAGAGGGCAAACAUUCUAGUUACUUGUAUUAUUAUACUUCUAAGUACUGCUAAUAGGCUUGUAGUUGGUUUGUAUAAAUAAGCUCAAAUGUUUAGUUGUCUAAAA